AUGGCAAGUUCAUUGGAGAGACUGAGAGAGCACUUAAAGAAAGGCGAUAAACUGACUCUAAAAAAUAGUGAGGGGCAGACUACCGACGAUAUUACGAAAGCAACAGUGGUAGAAACUUCGUCCAGUGAUGGUAUUACUCAAGAUAGUUUUCCAUUAAAUGAAGAAACAGAAAUUGAGAUUGAUGGAUCACUGGUACAAUUGCGAAUAAUCGUUCAUUGUUGGAUGAACAAGGACUCAAGUGCUGCAGACUAUGUAGCAGACUGUCAGAAUAAGCAAUUAACUAAUGUUUCGUUCUUGCAAAGGACUGAUUUAAUAAAUUGGCUAUCUGGGAAUACGGAAUCGUCUCAAUAUCUGAAAGCACCGGGUCAGAAUGGUCAAACUUCCGAUAAAGUAAAUACAGCGGAUAAUGAAACUAAAUCUUCGACUGAUGGAUUGUCGAGGGCAAAAUCAACUGCUGCAGGGACUGUUGAAAAUGAUCUUGAAGUGUCCGAUCCAGUUGUAGUGGAAACAAUGAAACAUGAACGUGUAUUGGUGGACCACAACUCUGCACUGCGCGGUGCUAAGCCGAUCAAUUUUGGUUAUCUAAUAAAAGAUGCGGAACUAAAAUUAGUACAAUCGAUCAAAGGAUCUUUACGAGGAUCUAAAUUGCCUCCCGGUCAUAAGGGCGCACACGGCCGUAUUUCUAAAACAAAUGGUUUACCUGGUGGUCCUCGCAAAGAUCCGAUCAUUUUGAUUCCUUCAGCUGCAUCUUCAAUUUUAACUGUCGCAAAUAUAAAACAGUUUCUGCUGGAGUCAAAAUACGUGAAUCCCCGUAAUUUGCCAUCAGUGCCAAAUGGAUUAGUAAACAUAGAGAAAAACUUUGAACGUAUAUCGAGACCACUUAGGUUUAUCAUAGUCGAUAAUACGAGGAUGUUUACUAAGCCAGAAUAUUGGGACAGAGUUGUGGCUAUCUUCACUACGGGCCAUACGUGGCAAUUUAAUAACUAUCAAUGGAAUUCGCCACAAGAAUUAUUUCAACGCUGCAAAGGCUAUUAUUUCCAUUUCGCUGGUGAUUCUGUGCCACAACACGUGCAGCAAUGGAACGUGGAAAAGGUCGAACUUGACAAAAAUAAAAGAUUUAAAGAUGUGGAAGUCGUCCGUUAUUUCUGGCAUAGCUUAGAAAAGGAACUUAUUUCAAGAGGAUAUCGUUGA